CGAGCUCCAUUUUCUGUGACUAAGCCUAUAAACUGAACUAGGGUUUCUUUGUCCCUAAUCUGAGCAUCAUCACACAAAGCAGCUGCCCCUUUCCCGGACUAAUUUUUACAGUAUAAAGAAGCAAAACAAAUAUGGCGUACGCAGCGAUGAAACCGACGAAGGUGGGGCUAGAAGAGCCACUAGAACAGGUCCACAAGAUCAGGAUCACUCUUUCAUCAAAGAAUGUUCAGAAUCUUGAAAAAGUUUGUGCGGAUUUGAUCCGUGGUGCCAAAGACAAGAAACUACGUGUCAAAGGACCUGUUAGAAUGCCGACCAAGGUUCUCAAGAUAACAACAAGGAAGUCUCCUUGUGGUGAAGGAACAAACACAUGGGAUAGAUUCGAGCUUCGCGUCCACAAGCGGGUUAUUGAUCUUUUCAGUUCGCCAGAUGUUGUGAAGCAAAUUACCUCCAUAACUAUUGAACCUGGUGUCGAGGUUGAAGUUACCAUUGCCGAUCCAUAGAUACAUCACCUUUCUUUUACUCUUGUGUUGCAAUGAAUGAUUUCAGCGUUAAGGUUUUUUGAUAGCCGUUUUAUGUAUGUCUCUUACCAUUGCAAUUUUGAGGAUCCACAAUUGACAUAUCUUGAAAUGCAUUCUCAGUCUCUUCAAUA